AUGGCGCGCGUCGCCAGGCGAGCGGCGUCGGCAUUUGCCCCGCGCACUGCCAACCGGGCUGCUAGAAGACGAAGACAUAAAGUGGUCAUGGAAACGGUGACACAGGAGAAGAAAAAGCUACGAAGCGUCCUCUCAUUUGAAGCAAAAGCACCCCCGGGAUAUACUUUUAUUCCUGCUGGAAAUCCACAGCUCACAACUGCGUGUAAGGAGAUGUGUCGGAAUGAUGGCCUGAAGGUGUUUGCUGUCACGACAACUCCACAUAUGCAUACACAUAAUCUCUCUCAACAUGUACACCGAAUAGGGUAUCAUUUUCCUAGUGCUGUUGUUGCUACCGUGUGUAUGGACUUGGGUGUAUACCUCACAAGCACUGGGAAAGCAGUGGUGUCUUCUCAAGCCAUCGAACCUAAUAAAGGCCGCAAGCGUGCUAACUCAGAGGUCUCUCAAACUACAAUUAAUACAGAAGCAAGAGAUGUCCUCUUAGAUUUAUUCCCAAACAUACCAGAAAAGGAUCUCACCCAGAUCAUCAAGACCUCCUUCCAAAAGGGGCAACGUAAAGUUGGUACCGCGGUUGAGCUGCCCCUAGCUCGUCGAGCCCAGCUUGCCGUGGUUGCUCAUAUUCGUCACAUCUAUACGGACUAUGACAAGCUGUUGAAAACUACUUCGUUUCACGAAGCUCGGAGCGCGGUCGAGGAAUCCACUCUUGCCAAGCUUGUAGAAUGGCGCGGAGAUGAUGAAAAUGGAAGAACUGUCCUAGAAGACGUUUUUAGAGAGGUCAUCGUUAUAUCGGAUGACGAAGAUUCGGAUAUCGAUGAGGAAACCGUACCGGUCUCUGCUGAUCGAGAUUACAGCGUGGAGGUCAUUCAAAGGAAUGCCCGGGCAGAUGAACUUCAAACCAGACCGGUCAAUUAUGCCAUCCAGUCUCAUCCAGAAACUUUGCGGGACUUGUCUGAUGACGAUGCUCACCCGGGCUUUCGAUUCAUCCGAAAUCCCCCCCGGAACCCCAAGAUUGAUCGCCGAGGCUUUAGCAGAUAUCAGGCCUGGGACCGCGCUAUUAAUCGAUACAGGAAUGUUAUUAAGCAAACUAAUACUAGUAGUGCCGGUGACAAUCCCAUGUCUUCGUAUACUGCUCAACAGCCACCAAGACACGAACCAGGACCUCAAGCACCAUGCACAGGACACAUCCCCGUCGCACCAGUUUCUGGCUCUCAUCAAGAGCACUGGAUCAGCCGGCCGGGGGAUUCUGUCGUCAGACCUGUGAUUGAGUCACCUGUAAGUGUGGUAUAG